AUGGAGUCGCUGAUACCGACGAUCAACAAGCUCCAGGACGUUUUCUCGGCUGUAGGCUCGAGGGAGGCGGAGAUUCAGCUGCCACAAAUUGUGGUCGUCGGUGCACAGAGCUCCGGAAAAAGUUCUGUGAUAGAAGCAAUCGUUGGCCGAGAUUUUCUUCCGCGAGGUACCGGGAUAGUUACAAGACGGCCGCUUCUUCUCCAGCUUUGCCAUGUCCCUCUUGACGAUAAGGCGAGCAGGCAGGGGCAGAAAGAUGAUUGGGCCCGCUUCGAGCACACCGGAGAUCGCACAUUCGAAGACUUCGAAUUAGUGCGAAAAGAGAUAGAGGAGGAAACCGACCGCCUUACGGGUAGCAAUAAGGGGAUAUCCAACUUGCCAAUUUCGCUGAAGAUUUUCUCGCACCGCGUGGUUAACUUGACACUCGUGGAUCUGCCGGGUAUGACAAAAGUUCCCGUCGGGGAUCAGCCUACGAAUAUUGAGGAGCAAAUCCGUGACAUGAUAAUGUAUUACAUCACGAAUCCGAACUCGAUCAUCUUGGCCGUGACGCCUGCAAAUCAAGAUUUCGCUACUUCGGAGCCGCUGAAGAUGUCGCGUGACGUCGAUUAUGAAGGGGCAAGAACGUUGGCGGUACUGACGAAGCUUGACUUGAUGGACCACGGGACGGAUGCGCUCGAUGUGUUGACUGGCCAGUUGGUUCACGUGAAGCUCGGCAUUAUUGGAGUCGUCAAUCGAUCUCAGGCUGACAUCAAAGCUAAAAAGCCAAUCGAAGAUGCGUUACGCGACGAAGAGUCCUUCCUCGCUCGCAAGUACCCAACCCUUGCUUCAAGACAAGGGACCCGCUACUUGGCCAAGACACUCAAUCGGCUCUUGAUGCACCACAUCCGCGAAUGCCUUCCCUCGUUGAAAAACCGCGUGGGUGUCCUGAUCUCCCAGUGUCAGACACUACUCAAUACGUAUGGCGAGCCAGUCGAGGACAAGAAUAGAAUGUUGUUGCAAAUUAUCACCAGGUUCUCUACCGCCUACACCUCCACAAUUGAAGGCACUGCCCGAAACAUUGAGACCGCCGAACUUUGCGGUGGCGCCAGGAUUUGCUACAUCUUCCAUGAGACGUUUGCGAAAACCCUGGACUCGAUCGACCCGCUUGGCAAUCUCAACACAUUGGAUAUUCUAACAGCCAUUCGUAAUGCUACGGGUCCACGUCCUGCUCUUUUCGUGCCGGAGGUGUCGUUCGAGUUGCUGGUGAAGCGGCAGAUUCAGCGGCUUGAGGAUCCUUCCCUUCGAUGUGUUGACCUCGUCCACGAAGAGCUGCAGAGGAUCGUACAACAUUGCGGAAAUGAGAUUCAGCAAGAGAUGGCUCGCUUCCCUCGCCUUUUCGAACGUAUCAAGGAUGUCGUCGCCCUCGUGUUGAAGAGCCGCCUGAAGCCUACGAAUGAGCUGGUGGAAAACCUGGUAGCGAUCGAGCUGGCCUACAUCAACACGCGCCACCCUGAAUUCACCGAUGCCAACCUCGUCGCCUUAAUCAAGGAUUCGAUCAUCGAUGAUGCGGCCGGACGCGAAGCCCGAAAUCGACAGCGCAACGCCGCCAUCGACCGCGGAGCCAGCGCCCAUGAGCCACAGAUGAACGGCCAAUCGGAGCAAGCCAGACUUCCACAGCGCGGCAGUGACGACCUCCAGUUGGCUCGGGACAUUGUGACUACCGCCAGCCAAGCCCAGCAGCAAGCGCCACAGCGGGGCCUCUUUUCGGUGCUAUUCAACAAUCAGCGUCCGUCGCCGGAUGAAGCUCAGCCUGGUACACCUCGCCGUCCGGUCAACCUUUUGCCUGAGGUGCCCGAGAAGACGCCGGCCCGCAAGCUGACACCGAAGGAGCAGCGCGAUUGCGAGAUCAUUGAGCGGCUCAUUAAAAGCUAUUUCUUGAUCGUGCGCAAGAAUGUACAGGAUUCGGUCCCGAAGGCCAUCAUGCACAACAUGGUUAACUUUGUUAGGGACAAUUUGCAAUCCGAGUUGGUCCGCACCCUCUACGAUCCGACUCGCCUUGAAGAGCUGCUCAGCGAAAACGAGUUUAUGGCCCAGAAGCGCAAGGACACCUCGGUGAUGCUCGAGUCUCUGCACAAGGCGCUGGCCAUUAUUGGAGAGGUGCGCGAGACGUAUCUGCUC